UAACAGUUCCUCCAUUUCCUGUUGUGUAUUUGGAAUGAGACGUUAUACCUUCAGAAUGGGAAUAAAAAGCGGACAUAAUAGAAUAAUCGGAUGGAUGAUUUGCCCAACUAAAUGCUCCUAAACCUACAAUAAGGGGGAUAGAGAGCCCCAUCAUGUCCAGCUCGCUCCUAUGGGCAGUGGACGUGUACGGGAAGGUGUACAGCCUAUCCACCACCAGAGGGCGCUGGGAGCGUGACGAGGACACCCUCCUGGAGCUAAAGCGCAUUACCGCUGGACAGAGGUGCAGCUGGGGAAUUGGCUGCGACCACCAUGUUUACCUCAAUAUCGACCCUGGGGAGGUGCCCAUUCGCUAUCGGGAGGAAACCUAUGAGAACCAGAGGUGGAACCCAGUGGAUGGCUUCACUGACGUGCUGCUGCCCACCGACCGCUGGGCCUGGAGUGACCUCACAGGGGUGACCGCCCAGCCACUGCACAGCUUCCAGUUGCCCUCAGACAGCUGGGAGUGGGAGGGGGACUGGUACGUGGACCAGGUCUGCGCUGGAGGAGACCCUACUGAGACCGGGGGCUGGGAGUAUGCAGUGGACUUUCCUGCUAACUUCUCCAGAGAGAAGAAGUGGAACUCGUGUGUUUGUCGUAGGCGAUGGAUUAGAGACAGGAGAUACAAAGCCAGAGGCUCUUGGACCAAGAUCCCCUUGGAACAUCCCAAUCGGCUCCCUCUCCCCCUCAGUGACAUCAGCUGUGGAGGCUGGGAGAUGAGCGACCAACCUGGGCAAUAUCACUUCCUGUGGGGUGUGUCCCAACAAGGACAGGUGUGGUUCAGGAGUGGCAUCCUGCCGCGGGUCCCAGAGGGCCAGUGCUGGGAGGAGGUGGAGGCCCCCAGGGAGGUGGCCCAGAUCUCUGCCGGACCAGGGGACUUGCUCUGGGCUGUACUCUGGGACGGACAGCUACUGGUCCGCACAGGCAUCUGCCUGGACAGUCCUACAGGUUCUUCCUGGGUGGUGGUGGAUUCUCCCCCAGUAAAGGAGGGCGGAGCCAUCCAUGUUGGUGUGGGGGUCAGCGUGGUGUGGGCUGUCACUAAGGACUACAAAGUGUGGUUUCGGCGGGGGGUGAACUCCCAUAACCCCUGUGGCUCAGGAUGGAUCAGCAUCGGAGGGGAGAUGAUGAUGGUGGAUGUGGGACUCAAUGACCAGGUGUGGGGAGUUGGAGAGGACCGUGGGCUGUACUUCAGGAAGGGUGUCACCCCAUCGGAGCCCAGUGGGAGGGGCUGGAUACCUGUUUCUGCCAAAUGGGGUCAUAGCAAAGAGAUGGUCCAACCCAGUGCUGGCUGUGAGUAUGGGGGACAGGUGACCAAGGCUUCCCAGGGCUCUGUUCUGACCUGCGAGGACUCAGGGGACACAGAGCCCCUCCUCACCACCACCCCAGGGCCACGGGACACCCCCAAACCCUUCAUCCCCACCAGCGACAGCUUUAUCUCCAGCCUGGUGGCUGACCGCGAGCCCCUGAGAACCCCCACACCCACCCCCAAAAAGCCACCCCAGGGGAAGGACGGCGAGGCCACCCCAGCCCCCAUGUGCAAUGUGGACCUGGAGGCAGCUCAGAGCCCCCAGGGAGAGGCAUCUUCUCUAGGCAGGGCAGGGGAUGUGGGACCCUCCACCUCGGUGGCCACCUACCCCCUGGGUCUGGAGCCCUCUCUGGGUUUGGGGGAGGAGGACGGGCCAGUAUGGGCCUGGAUCUCUGGCGGAGGCUGCGAUGUGGACCAUACAGCUCAGAUGAGCUGGCUCAGCCCUGCAGACCCAUGCUCCACUGCCCUGUCCAUCGCCCCUGUUGAACCAGAAGCCUCCACGGCUAGGAAGGCAGAGAACACCACCACCAGCAAGGAGCCAGUGGAGAGGAGCACGUCUGUGUGGGUGAGGAAGGGCAGCAUGCGCUGGUGGAGGGACUGGAAGCCCUAUCGCUGGGUGGAUGUGGGCGUGGCCCUGGAGCAAUCCACCAACGGCAACGGCAAGAGGGAUGCCAUCUUCUUCAUCUACUUCACCCAGUAUGACGAGAAGAAGUACCUCCAUGUGUUUAUAAGUGACGUGACAGUGCUGGUUCCUGUGCUCAGGGAAAGCUCCCAUCAUGCCUUUGCGGUGUACACGUCAGAUAGUACGAAACAAAGAUGGCCGCUGGUCCUGGCUGCACAAACCGAGAAGGACAUGGCUGACUGGCUGUCCCUGUUGGCUGGGUGCUGCUGUGAGGCCAGAGGGAUCAGGGGAACUCCCUCCCGACAGGCCCUGUGGUCAGUCACCUCCAAGGGGGACGUGAUGGUACAUGAGCCCUCUCCCUUUCUGGAGGCCCCGGCACACACCUUGCCCUGUGACAUGAUGUUUUGGCUGCAGGUCCCGGGCCACCUGCGCUGUGUAGAGUCUAACAGUCUGAGUGUGGUGUGGGGGAUCGGGUGUGACGGCACCGCCUGGGUCUACUCUGGCUCGGGCAGCGCUGCUGGGGAAGAGCCCCCUCAGGGAGACACGGGUAGCCUGCACACACAGACAGAUGUAAGGACUGUGUACAUCUAUGAGAACCAGCGAUGGAAUCCCAUGACCGGAUACACAGACAAGCUUCUCCCCACAGACCGGUUCCCGUGGAGUGAUGACAAUGGCUUUACAGAGUGCACCAAGUCCACCACCCACCCACCCUCGCCUCAGUGGAGCUGGGUGACAGAGUGGGCAGUCGACUUCGCUUUCUCAGGAGGGACAGACAAAGAAGGAUGGCAGUAUGCAGCAGACUUCCCUGUGACGUUUCAUGGCAACAAGAGCCUGAAGGACUUUGUCAGACGUAGGCGCUGGUUCAGGAAGUGUAAAAUCACCCUGACUGCCCCGUGGCAGGAAGUCCCGCCCAUCCCCCUGAGUGACAUCACAGUGUUGCCGUGCCUGGCUCAGAGCAGUAUGGAGCAGGUCCCAGUCUGGGGCCUCAGUGACAAGGGGGACGUCCUGUGUCCUGGGGUCACCCCCCAAAACCCUGCGGGUUCCUCGUGGCUCCACGUGGGUACUGACCAGCCCUUCAAGUCCAUCUCCAUCGGGGGUGGUCACCAGGUGUGGGCCAUCGCCAGGGACAGAGCCGUGUUCUACAGGGGCUCAGUGUCCGCCAGCAACCCUGCAGGAGAGUGUUGGUACCACAUCCCUUCCCCGCCCAGACAGAGCCUCAGACAGCUGUCUGUAGGGAGAACCUCUGUCUACGCUGUGGACGAAAACAGUAACCUGUGGUACAGACAGGGCCUGACUCCCAGCUACCCCCAGGGCUCAGCCUGGGAGCUCAUCUCCAACAACGUGACUAAAGUCUCAGUAGGACCUCUAGACCAGGUGUGGGUGAUAGCAGACUGGGUCCCAGGCUGCCCCAGUGAGUUGUCUGUCCAUGGAGCUGUCUGUCACAGGCUGGGGGUGGGACCCAUGCAGCCCAAGGGCCAAUCCUGGGACUAUGGCAUCGGGGGAGGAUGGGAACACAUCAGUGUGAGAGGGAACUCCACAGAGGUUCUGCGUGCCCCCCACCCUGCCCUUACUGACACCACCCCCCGUAGCCCACUCCCUGCCAGGCCAGCCCUUACUGACACCACCCCCCGUAGCCCACUCCCUGCCAGGCCGGCCCUUACUUAUACCACCCCCUGUAGCCCACUCCCUGCCAGGCCGGCCCUUACUGGCACCACCCCCCAUAGCCCACUCCCUGCCAGGCCGGCCCUUACUGACACCACCCCCUGUAGCCCACUCCCUGCCAGGCCAGCCCUUACUGACACAACCCCCUGUAGUCCACUACCUGCCAGGCCAGCCCUUACUGACACCACCCCCUGUAGUCCACUCCCUGCCAGGAUACCUUUGUCACAGGAGAACGGGAACGCUGUGGGUCUGUAGGGCCCCUACUAACCCGCCCCGUUCCUCCAUCUCUACUCACAGCCCUGUGUGUGCCUGGUUCCAUUUCCAACCCUGGUUGCACAUUUUUGCUCCAACCCAGCACAAACAUGGUAACGUUGGUCUAAAUGGAAAGACCAUGAUUUAGUUGGAUAUUUAAAUCAGUUAGUGCUAGGCUGAAAUGUGUGCUACCAAUGCGAGUUGGCCACCUUUGACCGAGACCAUCCCUUCAGUGUUCAUAUGUCUGUAAGCAGUAGACGUAUUAGAGCUUCUGUCAGUUUUCAUCCAGUCCAUUAAGGUCUGUGAACAUUAGUGGCAGGUGCUAGGAUAAGUUGCUAGGGUGAGAAAUGGAACAGAGUCCUCGGCAUGCCUGUGUCCCAUACCAGGGUUCUGUACCAACCAACACACUGACUGCCUACUCCACUCCCUUGGACCUCACAGUAUAGUCUUGCUUUGUAUGAUUUUGUUUUGUUGUCGUUGUUUUUGCUUUCUCAUUUACCUAGUUGACAAACAGUACUUUUUCAUCAAGGUCUGUGUGCUUUGGAAUUAUUUAUUUUAUAGCUUUUUGGCUGUCAUCUUGGUUUAUUCAUGUUUUGGCCUGCAUGAUGUUUGGAAUGUAGUGGUUGAAGUAGCUUUUUUUCUUCAGAACAAAAAAUAUCAAUUCUAGCAAUAGCUCUGGGCUUCCAUGACAACAAGGAUUAUUUUAAGAACAUCACUGUCAAUUUAACACCAGUUCUUUCCUAAGAUGGUAAAAACAUCAAGGGUAGUAAAUAAUACGGACCUGAAUUCAGAAUGAAUAGCAUCUAUUUGCUGUGUUAGGUAUUGUUAACAUCCAGAAUGUUAUGAAUAGGAGUUCUUCCUGCUCAGAUCACAUGAUCAGCAGAAACUCCAGGCUCUAGUUUUGACUUAUCCCUGGUGGAUUAGUUUUCAGUGUUUGUUACUUCAGUAUUCCAUGCAGAUACGGAGACGGGAUUCAAACAAACAGCACUGUGCCUACAUCACACUACACUUGACUUUAAAGGCAAUUUCCUGGAUGUUUGGCGAUGUCAGCUCAAGUGUAAACUACCUUUAAAAGUGCAGCGUAAUGUCUGCGCACUGCUGUUUUGUUUGAAUUCCUGUCUGAGUUUGCUGUGGCCUUGACUGUUGAAGCUGUGAAUACAGCAGGUUUGAAUGUUAUGGAUGUCCUCUUACAAGGACAGACAACUGAAAUAAAUUCCAAAACAGCUCU